UCCAAUGACUGGUUUGGACAACACAAAGACAACAACAAUGAUAGCUUUGCUGCUCCUGGCGCUGCUCUCUCACUCUUUUUCUCUGCCUCUGCCGUCACAGGACAAUGACAACAAAUGGCUUUUAGCAGAGAAGUACCUCCGUCAGUUUUAUGGCCUUCCAGCUGGUCUCCAAGGAAAACAGAAGACAUCAGAUGUCUUUCAGACCAAGAUCAAGGAGAUGCAGAGCUUCUUUAAACUCAAGGUGACAGGGAAUCUGGACGACAACACUCUGGAGCUGAUGAAGCAGGCCAGAUGCGGUGUCCCAGACAUUGGGGAGUACAACCACUUCCCUCGACACCUCAAAUGGGAAAAUAACAAUGUCACAUUCAGGAUAUUGAAUUAUACACCAGAUCUGAAGAAGUCUGAUGUAGACAGAGCCAUCCGCAAUGCACUGAAUGUUUGGACCGAUGUCACCCCUCUGACCUUUAAGAAGCUGCACGAGGGCAACGCUGACAUUAUGAUCAGUUUUGGAACAAAAGAGCAUGGAGACUACAACCCUUUUGAUGGGCCUAAUGGAUUGCUGGCUCAUGCCUACCCACCCGGAAAAGGCAUCGGAGGAGACACUCACUUUGAUGAGGAUGAACAUUGGACCAAAGAUUCGUCAGCUUACAACCUGUUCAUAGUGGCAGCCCAUGAGUUGGGCCACGCCCUCGGUAUGUCCCAUUCCACAGACCCAGGUGCCCUGAUGUACCCUGUGUACUCAUACGCUUCAGGCUAUCCGCUGUCUGAAGAUGACAUUGAAGGAAUUCAAGCUCUCUAUGGGCCAAACCCAGACCCAAGGAAAGUGAAGCCAAAGCCUGAUGCACCAAACAAAUGUGACCCCAUGUUAAGCUUUGAUGCUGUCACAGAGCUCAGAGGGGAGACCAUCGUCUUCAAAGACAGAUUCUACUGGCGUCUCCAUCCGCAGAUGCCGGAGCCUGAGCUGACACUGAUCAAGUCCACAUGGCCCUCCAUCCCCAACAAGGUGGACGCAGCAUACGAGAACCCAGAGAAGGAUCAAGUCAUCAUAUUUAGUGGAAUCCGAAUGUGGGCUUUGAAUGGGUAUAACCUUGUGGAUGGUUACCCAAAGUACAUACACAAACUUGGGCUUCCCAAGAAAAUAAGGAAAGUCGAUGCAGCUGUGCACAUCAGAGAUAUUGGCAAAACUCUGUUCUUCACUGAUGAGGACUAUUGGAGCUACGACGAAGCUACAGGGACAAUGGACAGUGGCUAUCCUCGAUCCAUUGAGGAAGACUUUCCUGGGAUGGAUGAUGAAAUUGACGCUGCUGCUUAUCACUAUGGAUACCUUUAUUUCUUCCAUGAACACACGCAGUACGAGUACAGUUACACCUCAAGGAAGGUCAUUCGCAUCCUGAGGACCAACUCCAUUCUCAACUGCUGAUGAGUGCAAAGGCUGCUUGGCGCACAACACAUCUUCGCAACACACAAAGAAUACAUGAGCAUGCGUGUUAUAAAUGAGACAGAGGAAGACGCAGGUCACUGAAUGAGCAGGGAAAUGCAGGAUAGAGUCGACCUGUUACAGUUAAACAGUCUUGUUGUUGUUGUUUUUUGUCAAGUUUAGAAAAAAAAUGUUUAUUUUUUACUAGUGCUGGACACCUGUAGGUCAGAUCAUUUGUCAGGCGCAGAAUGCAGGAAAAUUCCUUGGAAAUACAUUUCCUUAGGUUAGUGCUAUUUAUUUUACAUCAUUUGUUUGUACUUCAAGUUUCACUAUGGACAGCAAGAUCCUUAGCAGGUUAAGUUUCUUGCCAGUAACAGAUGGUCUCAUUAAUGGACUACUUGUUUUAUGAACUUCAGUAUUCAAUAAACAUCUUAGCAGUUUAAUAUAUUAUGUGUUUGUCCUUUGAUUUUUUUUUAAGUUUUGUGAAUUAUAAUAAAAAUAGAGAAAUAAACU